GUUCACUCGGAGAAUGUCGUUCACGGAGACCUUCAUCCCGGAAAUGUACUCAUAGAUGGCUCGGGGAAUCCACGUCUCACAGAUUUCGGUCUCGCAACUGUCGUAGGGGACGUAGAAUCGCAGCUGAAUACAACAACCGCAAAUCGCAGCUUCAAUCCUCAAUGGCGUGCGCCUGAGGUCAUUGGAGUCGACCCGGAGGCUGAACUUGUACGACCGAAUUUCAAGAGUGAUGUAUAUUCUUUUGGUGGCGUU